AUUAAAAUAAGUGAAAAUUAAUGUGGAUAUUUUUGACGUGCAUUAUAGCCUUAAUUGUCAUUAAGGUAAGUCAUUUGACUUAUAAAUGGCAAAACCCUAAAUGCAAUGGAAAGCUGCCUCCAGGUUCUAUGGGUCUCCCUCUUAUUGGUGAGACACUCGAAUAUUUUUCUCCUCAUUCUUUGUACAACAUACCACCUUUUUACCAAAAGCGAAUGACAAGGUAUGGAUCAUUGUUUCGGAGCAGUCUGGUGGGGCAACAAGUAGUUGUGUCUACAGAUGCCGAAGUCAAUUACAAAAUAUUUCAGAAAGAAGGGGAAUCUUUCCGAAUUGGGUACACAGAGAGUUUCAUUGAAAUCUUUGGCCAUGAAAGCAUGAUGGGUUUUCAUGGCACGCUUCAUAAGCAUCUCAAGAACUUGGUUCUUCACCUUAUUAGUCCUGAGAACUUGAGGUUCAAAUUGCUGCCUGAAAUGGAGGAAACAACUCGCAGACAUUUCACCUCAUGGGCUCAUGCCACCACUGUGGACAUCAAAGAAGUUUCUUCUGAUAUGAUAUUUGAAUAUUCUGCUAUGAAGCUCAUUGGGUAUGAUGACAUGGAGGGAGCAAAGAAACUGAGAGAGAACUUUUCUGCCUUCCUAGAUGGCCUUAUUUCAUUUCCCCUCAACAUUCCAGGAACAGCUUACCAUGCAUGUUUGCAGGGUCGAAAGAAUGCAUUAAAAGUGAUCCAAGAGAAAUUUGAUGAAAGGAAAGCAUCGAACAAGAAAUACGGUGAUUAUUUGGAUCAUUUACUGGAGGAAGUGAGUAAAAAAAAUACGCUUUUGACUGAAAAUAUGGCAGUAAAUGUGGUGUUUCUGCUUCUUUUUGCUGCUUAUGAAACCACUUCUGUUGCCAUUACUUUGGCAGUGAAGUUUAUUUCUGAUCAUCCUAAAGUUCAAGCUGAACUAGAGAAAGAGCAUACAUCUAUUAUUAAAAAUCGUGAGAACAAGGAUUCUGGGAUUACAUGGCAGGAAUAUAAAUCUAUGACUUUUACACAUAUGGUUAUUAAUGAAACAAUGCGACUUGCAAAUAUUGUGCCAGGAAUUUUUAGGAAAGUUGUACAUGAUGUUGAGAUCAAUGGAUAUACCAUUCCUGCAAAUUGGAUUGUUAUUGUUGUUCCUUCAACUCUUCAUUUAAAUCCUGAUAAGUAUGAGGAUCCCCUCAAUUUCAAUCCUUGGAGAUGGAAGGGGAAGGAAUUACAUGCAGGAUCCAAGACUUUUAUGGCCUUUGGUGGAGGUGCGAGGCUUUGUGUGGGAGCUGAAUUUGCAAAACUCCAAAUGGCCAUAUUUCUUCAUCAUUUGGUUACAAAUUUUUGGUAUGGAUCAUUGUUUCGGAGCAGUCUGGUGGGGCAACAAGUAGUUGUGUCUACAGAUGCCGAAGUCAAUUACAAAAUAUUUCAGAAAGAAGGGGAAUCUUUCCGAAUUGGGUACACAGAGAGUUUCAUUGAAAUCUUUGGCCAUGAAAGCAUGAUGGGUUUUCAUGGCACGCUUCAUAAGCAUCUCAAGAACUUGGUUCUUCACCUUAUUAGUCCUGAGAACUUGAGGUUCAAAUUGCUGCCUGAAAUGGAGGAAACAACUCGCAGACAUUUCACCUCAUGGGCUCAUGCCACCACUGUGGACAUCAAAGAAGUUUCUUCUGAUAUGAUAUUUGAAUAUUCUGCUAUGAAGCUCAUUGGGUAUGAUGACAUGGAGGGAGCAAAGAAACUGAGAGAGAACUUUUCUGCCUUCCUAGAUGGCCUUAUUUCAUUUCCCCUCAACAUUCCAGGAACAGCUUACCAUGCAUGUUUGCAGGGUCGAAAGAAUGCAUUAAAAGUGAUCCAAGAGAAAUUUGAUGAAAGGAAAGCAUCGAACAAGAAAUACGGUGAUUAUUUGGAUCAUUUACUGGAGGAAGUGAGUAAAAAAAAUACGCUUUUGACUGAAAAUAUGGCAGUAAAUGUGGUGUUUCUGCUUCUUUUUGCUGCUUAUGAAACCACUUCUGUUGCCAUUACUUUGGCAGUGAAGUUUAUUUCUGAUCAUCCUAAAGUUCAAGCUGAACUAGAGAAAGAGCAUACAUCUAUUAUUAAAAAUCGUGAGAACAAGGAUUCUGGGAUUACAUGGCAGGAAUAUAAAUCUAUGACUUUUACACAUAUGGUUAUUAAUGAAACAAUGCGACUUGCAAAUAUUGUGCCAGGAAUUUUUAGGAAAGUUGUACAUGAUGUUGAGAUCAAUGGAUAUACCAUUCCUGCAAAUUGGAUUGUUAUUGUUGUUCCUUCAACUCUUCAUUUAAAUCCUGAUAAGUAUGAGGAUCCCCUCAAUUUCAAUCCUUGGAGAUGGAAGGGGAAGGAAUUACAUGCAGGAUCCAAGACUUUUAUGGCCUUUGGUGGAGGUGCGAGGCUUUGUGUGGGAGCUGAAUUUGCAAAACUCCAAAUGGCCAUAUUUCUUCAUCAUUUGGUUACAAAUUUUUGGUGGACCGUAGUCGGAGGAAACAUUGUUAGAAAACCUUACAUAUCGUUCCCAAAUGGCUUACACCUCAAAAUAUCAGAAAAAGAUUGCGAAGCUUAAGCUUAAUAUAUUUAUAUAUAUUAAGCAUAAUAAUGAAGUUAUGAAUAAAUAAUGUUUUUGGCUUUGCUUAAUUUACUAUUUUGGCUGUAAGUGCUUUUAUUAUGUUGUAAUGUUGAUUAGAAUGUGUAGUUCUAUUAUUGUAAUAAAUAAGACCCCUA